AUGGCGGAACUCAAGACGCCAAAAGCUCGACCGCCGCCUCCGCAGCUCGUCGCUCGCAGCAAGCGCUUCCUGUAUGGCACGAUAGCCGCCGCGUGUGGCUCUUUCCGAGCUCUGGCGGAUGACCAAGUGCGCAACGAGUUCUGGAGGAGCAUGAAGGUGCUGCUGAUCAUGUCCGCCGUGCUCUCCGUCUUGCUGCACGUGCUGCUGUUCCCCGUCGAGAUGAUCAGCAUGCUGUUCCUCAGCCAGGAGACGGUGGACACCAGUGUGGGCGCCUUCCGCUACGCCGCCGCCUCGACGGUGCCGCUUUUGCUGGUCGGCGUGUGCCGCUACUUCAGCGUCGACAUGUUUGAGAACGCCUUCUUUGCGGGGCUUGCAACGCACGACGCGGCGCUCGCCCAGGCCAUCCGACAGAAAAAAGCGAUCUACUGGGACUGGGAGUACGUCCGCCACUUGUGGCGCUUUGGGCUGCGCCAGCUUGGCUUCGGUCUGGUUGCGCUGGUGGCCAAGCCCCUGCUGGGUGUAUUGAUUCCGAUCGCCCAGUUUGGCUACAGGAUUCGGCACAUGGAGGCGGCGUUCUUGGUGCCGAUCUUCAUCGCCUUUGUGCUGCCAGCAACGCGCGAAGUUGCGCUGCAGCUGGUGCAUCUGUGGCUUGACUCGCGCGCCAUGAUCCGCGAGCUGUACGACCCCAUUAUCUCUCGCCUCAAGUCGGCGGCUAAGAACGGAGAUCCCAACGUUAGCACUGACCUGUUGACAGACAUGGAGAUCGACAGCGAGGAGCACGACAGCCACACCGAACAGCGGGACUGGCACCAGAGCGGAAGUGACGCCGCGCGACUGGGCUUUGGGCUUGUUUUCUGCUACAUGCAGCAGAUUCCAUUCCUUGGCCCGUUUGCCUGGUUCAUGGGCUUCGCUUCGGCUGGCCUGUUCGCCCCUGAGCUCGUCGAUCUGAGUGCAUUCAGCGGACCAAGCAAGAAGAAGACGUAA